GUGGUUAUUACGUCAAAAAAUCCAUAACAACAUUGCGAUAUUGAGUGAUUUUAUAAUUUUAAGAAAUUUGUGUACAUAAAAGAUAAUUAAGGUGCAAGAUAUGUUUAGAGAUAAUAUGUUACAAUAAUGACUAUAACCAUGAAGGAGCAGGAAAGUGUGCCUGGGGAGAUUAUCUUCCCUGAGGCAAAGCUGAGAGCAUUAGAAGAAAAAAUUACAAAUCCACGUUGGGUGGUUCCAGUACUUCCUGAACAGGAAUUGGAAGCAUUAUUAAAUGCUGCCACUGAAUUAGCAAUUAAAGGUGAAGAUGUGAACAAUCCACUGUGUCAGUGUUUUUACAAUGAUGCCCUUAUUUUAUCAUUCACCAAAAUAUUAACUGAUGACGCAGUUUCAUCAUGGAAACACAAUAUUCAACAAUGUGUGAGGUCAAACUGUGAGAAGCUUGUCAGGUUAUGUGCUAUCAAACUAGAUGAUCCUCGAUUCCUAAACCUUCUGUCGAUGGUGUUAAAUCCAAAUAACAAGUUUCACACAUUCAAUGCAUCAAGAACUUCCGAGGGCCUAGUUCUUAACUCAGUGCCAUCAUCUGGACAAGGAUCCACUCAAGAUCAAGAAGUGUUUGCUCGUUCCCAAGAUCAUAGAACUCCUAGGGGGUGGCUGGUCCAUCUGAUUAACAUUUUUGGCCAAUCUGGAGGUUUCAUAAAACUAAGAGAAAGAUUUGAAGCUAUAAUGGGAUUUAAAAAAUCAGAACUUACUGCAUCACUCAGCAGUGAAGAAAAAGUAUCAAAUGAAAUAAUAGAAAAAGAAACUGAAGAACAAAAUAAUAUAGCGGACCACUCCGAUAUGACAAGCAGUACAGAGAACAUGGAGGGCUCUAUAACUUCACGCUCAGAUCAACCUUCAUCUUUGGAGAUUUCAACAAGCGGUGAGUCCCGUGUUGCCGCUGUAUGGCAAUUGUUACGGCCGUUGGGAUUGUGCCAUGAUUUACUCACACCUCACACAGUUACAGUGUAUCUACUACCUAUUUUGGAAUGCAUACCAACUUUAUUAGAAAGCCUAACCGACGAUGAAUUAAAACGUGAAGCCCGUGGAAGUGAAAACAAAACAGAUACAGUUUCUUGUUUAAUACGAGCUUGCAAAUGUGUGUCAAUCAAAACACCACAGUAUCACACCUUAUUGAAAUCACUUGAAAUGUUUCGUUUGAAAAUGAUAUUGAGACUCCUUCUAAUGUCAUCAUUCAAUGGGAAAAUGUCGGCGUUGAAUGAAAUAAAUCAACUUAUUAGUACUAUGUCACAACAACCGAAACCGGAAUGGCUGACCCCUUCUGUUAUAACAACUUGGAUCCAGGAAAACAAUGUGAUUGAUAUUGUGCUUCGAGAUUCACUCCACCAGCCGCAGUAUGUGGAAAGACUGGAAAAAAUGCUCAGGUUCAUGUUGAAGGAGAAUUCUUUGACUAGGGAAAAUUUGGAUGCCAUCUGGAAAGCCCAGCAUGGAAAACAUGAGGCAAUUGUGAAAAAUGUGCAUGACUUAUUGGCUAAGCUCGCAUGGGACUUUACUCCUGACCAGUUAGACCAUCUCUUUGAUUGUUUUAAGGCAAGUUGGUCUACAUCAAGUAAGAAACAAAGUGAUAAACUACUGGAAGUAAUAAGACGAUUGGCGGAGGAUGAUAAAGAUGGUGUAAUGGCUAAUAAAGUAUUAAAUUUAUUCUGGAACUUGGCGCACUCCGAUGAUGUGUGUACCGAGAUAAUGGAUUCAACUUUGGCAAAUUUUAUAAAAAUUUUAGACUUUAGCUGUAGCCAAGAUCGUGAUGCUCAAAAACCGAUUUACUUGGACAAAUGUGUAGAGGAGCUUAAGAACAACGAGAAGUGGGUGGUGCCAGCGCUAAAGGUGCUGCGUGAAAUUUGCUGUACGUACGAGUCUGGCAGUGACGCGGCCGUUAAACCGCAAGUCACUAGACAAGAGCUGAUCGACCAACUACAGUCGCAGCAUUCGCUCGUCAUACUUGUAACAGAUUCUCUCACGAACUAUAUGGAUAAAGUCAGAGAGAAAUUAGCGGCUGAAGGGCAUAUAGACUGGGAAAAUUGGCUAACUGAUGGACGAUAUCCCCACUCUGCACAAGUGAAUGAGCGACUGAGCUUCCUCAGGUUUCUGUUAAAAGACGGACAGUUAUGGCUAUGUGCUGAACAGGCUAAACAGAUUUGGAUGUGUCUUGCGGAAAAGCCGGCGCACAUCGGCGACCGUGAAGCAUGUUUUCGUUGGUUCAGCAAGCUGAUGGGAGAAGAACCUGAUUUGGAUCCGAAUAUAAAUUUGCAUUUUUUUCGACGUAACAUUAUGACUCUCCCGCCCCAUCUUUUAACACAUUCGGGGAUCAAAUGUUUCGAAAGGUUUUUUAAGGCAGUUAAUUGCAAAGAAGGAAAGUUAAAAGUAAAACGACACGGAUUUCUUCUUGUUGAUCCUGAUCUCAUAGGCUUAGAUUAUUUGUGGCGGGUCAUAACGGAAUGUGACGACGACAUAUCAGCGCGCGGUAUCGAGUUGCUGCGAGAGACGUGUACAUGCGUCGGUACGGCCCUGCAUCAACACGAGUCCUUCCUGAAGCAAUGCUGCGCGCGCACGCAGGGCUUGCACGCAGACAUGGACUCGCUAGACGAUGCCACUGAAUGUUGUACAAAAAUGUGUAGAGUAAUACGUGCCAUACAAGAAUAUAUAAAUGAAUGUGAUAGAAAAUUCUCUGUGGAUCGUCAGAUUUUGCCUAUCUAUAGAGCGGGGAGAGGACGACAGUGUACAAUUGUUGUAAGAUUUAAUUUUCAAACAGGCCAAAGACAAAUAGAUGAUAUUGAAAUAUUAUCACAUUAUAAUGAAACACUUCAUUCUUUACGCACAUCUAUUCAAAGAAGGAUAAAAUGUGCAUCUGAUAACAGUAUCAAAUUAGAAAUGUAUAUAAAUAAGUUAGAACUUUAUAUUAAUGGAGGUGAUAUCUUGGACUCGAGUUUGGAUAGAAAAAUACUUUCACAAAUACCACUUAGAGACAAGACUGUGCUAAUCGCAAAGGUGUAUGAUGGUCAAGUGUGCGGUAGCGGGGGCUGCGGUUCGUCCAACGAGUCGAGCAGCGAGUCCAGCGCGACCUCGCCUGUGUCCUCGCCCGCCGAACACGCGCUUCCGGGCGUGAUCUUCGCACAAGGGUCGUGGUAUUUGCCCUUUAUAUUAGAAUUAGAGCACAUUGGUAUUACAAAGGGCCAUGUACCAUUGACUGAGGCUGCACAUUUACUGUCACAAAUUUGCCCCGCGCACAAGCUAACUGUAGAGAAAUUAACUGAGGCACUGUUGUGUCGAGAUGAAUCCAAGUUAAAAGACAUGCUGUAUGGGCCAGCACCACCUACUGUUGCUUAUAAUAUGGAGGUCUUAUACAGCAUGAUUAUGCCAUCAUCAGACACGAAGCUUGACAGAAAUCGUAGUUUUCAACUGGCUUGCGUGAAAAAGGCGCCAUUACUGGUUCAGUGUUUGUCGGAUAGCGAAUUCCUAAAAGGUGCUGCACCACACACCAGAAGAGUUGGAUACUUAGCAUUAGUGAGAUUAGCGAAGGUUGUCUUGUACACAGUGGGACAUCUUUUAGAAAUAAUUUCUCCAGAGGGUUCAGAAAAUUUAUUCGAUAAGGAAUUUAGAAUGGAUAUAACAAUUUUACGUGAAGCCUUACAAACAGUCACCAACCAUAGUGGAGAAAUUGUCAUUAAAGCUGUUUCUGAAAAAUUAGCCGCUGCUCUUGCAGAACAGAUGGUAACAAGUGGCGAGGAACGCAAGUCAGUGUCGUCGCUGGUGUGGUGGCACGUGCCCACUAACGCCACCGUGCGGGCUUUGUACUCACUUUCAUAUUCUGUGUCGCAGCCGCUAGAGAUGACCGGCUUAGUGCACUGCGAUGAUGUCAUUUUGGUCCGGGAAUGCAUGGAGGUGGUCACUAUCUGCAUGGGCUUAGGCGGCGGCAACCUUGAGGAUCUUCUACACGAGUCUUGGUGGCAGGAUACUAUGCUGUACUUGAUGAUCGACUGUCCUAGUGCUCAGGUGCGAGUGGCGUGCGCCGAGCAGCUGCUGUCGAUGUGUGCGUGGGGCGGCGGCGGCGGAGCGCGCGAAGCGCUCGCGGCGCUGGGCGGGGCGGGGCGCGCGGGGGGCGGGGCCCGCGUGCGGCGCCACGCGCACCACGCGCACCAGUUCCUGCAGCUGCUGUGCCGGCUGCUGGCGCUGGCGGGGCCCGCCGCCACCACGCUGGAGGAUCUACACACGGAGGUGUCAUGGCUUCGCGCUGCCCUGGCCCAUCCUGACUCCGUAGACGACACAUUACUUGAAGGACAUUUGAACCUGACGAAAGAACUAUUUACACAUGUUCCUGCUCAAAUCAAGUUUCAGUAUGGCGCUCAUCCGGACCAUAAAGACUCCGGUUUAAUUAAGGAAGUGACGACGGAAUUUCUAUGGCCAUAUUCCUGGGCUUGGUGGCGAAUGAUGUCAGAAGGAGAUGGAGACAAUGAGAGUUCCAAAAGUGCGUGUGAGACGAAAACGCCGCUGUGCCGCACGGCGGGAGCUGCGGCCGCCGCCACCGACUUGUUGCUUGCACUGGUGCAGGGGUGUGUCCUCAACAUGGCGGCCCUUGCUAACCUUCUGCUACUCAUGUUCUAUAGUGAAAAAAGUAUGGGAGUAUCGGAUUGGGAGUACAUACCGUGCGUGGGCCCGCGUCCGCCGGCGGGGCUGGUGGGGCUGAAGAACGCGGGCGCCACGUGCUACAUGAACUCGGUGCUGCAGCAGCUGUACUGCGUGCGAGCCGUGCGGGACGCGCUGCUCACGGUGCAAGGAGCCGCAACUGAUCCCAAUGAGGACUUUUCAGGAGAGUUACAUAAUAUGAUGGAAAAUAAUGGCGAGAAUAGCGGCGACUACAAUAUCACUAUACUGAAACAAGUGCAAGCGAUAUUCGCACAUUUAUGCUACAGCAAACUCCAAUACUAUGUUCCAAGAGGAUUAUGGGCGCAUUUUAGGCUUCAAGGUGAACCGGUUAAUUUACGUGAGCAACAAGACGCUGUUGAGUUUUUUAUGUCAUUAGUUGAGACCCUGGAUGAAGCACUCAAAUCGUUGGGCCAAGAACAAUUGAUGGCCAAAACCAUGGGAGGGACGUUUUCCGAUCAAAAAAUAUGUAAGGGCUGUCCACACAGGUAUUGUAAAGAGGAACCAUUCAGUGUAGUAUCAUUAGACAUAAGGAACAUGUCCCGCUUACAAGAAUCUUUAGAAGCGUAUGUGAGGGGCGAGUUAUUGGAGGGAGCGGAUGCCUACUACUGUGAUAAAUGUAGUAAAAAAGUAGUAACAGUGAAAAGGCUAUGCCUAAAUAAGUUGCCACCAGUUCUAGUCAUACAAUUAAAGCGGUUUGAAUAUGAUUUUGAAAAAGUAUGCGCAAUCAAGUUUAACGAUUACUUCGAGUUUCCACGCGAAUUGGAUGUCGAACCAUAUACAGCGUGGGGUCUAGCACGGGCAGAAGGUGAAUCAACAUUAUGGGAAGGCAGUGAGAUAUGUGAGAAGGAUCCUCGCUACACUCAGUACGAGCUGAGCGGUAUUGUGGUCCACUCGGGGCAGGCUUCUGGUGGACACUAUUACUCUUAUGUACUGUUACGAGAUACCGGCGGAUCUCAAGGGAGGUGGGUGAAAUUGGACGACGGUGACGUGUCCGAGUGCGCGAUGCACGACGACGAGGAGAUGAAGUCGCAGUGCUUCGGCGGCGAGUACGCGGGAGAUGUUUUUGAUCCUACUAUAAAGAGGAUAUCAUACAAACGACAGAAGAGAUGGUGGAACGCUUAUAUGCUGUUUUAUACGAGGAAAGACACCAUAGACAAUACAUCAAUUGAACAGGCAAUGAAGAACGUAACACUGAAAGAAAGCUCAAUACCAAAACCAAUUUGGAACUCGAUUCGUCGCAGCAACAUCGCCUUCUGUCACAACCAAGACCAGUUCAGUCUGGAACAUUUUAAUUUUAUGAAGAAGUUGUGCUGCAUGCGGUUGCAAGUGCCCUCCAGUAAUCCUAGCGCAGUUUGGAGCCAAGAGCACGAGGAAAUGUCGAUGAUAGCUAUACAAAUCGCCACCAAAUUUUUGUUUCAAGUUGGUUUUCAUACCAAAAAAUCUUUACGGGGUCCAGCAACAGAUUGGUAUGAUAUACUAUGUCAACAUAUGAGGUGUUCCCAAGCAGUAAGAGCGUGGUUUGCCUCGGAACUUUUCAAGCAUCCACACAGGCUUUGUGAUUAUUUGCUCUCGUGUCCAUCAGCAGAUGUCCGAUUAGUAUUCAUGAAAGUAAUCGUGUUUCUUGCCCAUUAUUCAACACAAGAUCCUCCAGUGAACAACGGCUACGGUUCGUGCACCCGCGAGGAGGCCACGUGUUUGUCGGACCAGCUGCUGUGCAGCGUGCGAGCUCUGGCGGUGUCGCACCACGACUCGCACUCGCACUCUCACUCGCACUCUCACUCGCACCGCCACCUGCCGCUCUUGUUCAACCUGUUCCACGCGUACGCGUUGCUCGGCAAGCACGAGAAGUACCAACUUAUCGAGCUCAAAAUUCUGGACGUUGUUCUAUCAGUUUGUAUGGAUGAUUCAUAUUCAUCAGUUGGAAAAUAUCAAUACCCAGAGUCAGCGAAAAUACACCAGGUGAUAUCCGCGCUGGUGCGGUGCUGCGACGUGAGCGCGCGGUGCCAGUCCGCGGUCUUGGACGCGGCCGUGAUGCCCAACCCGUACGCCGAGCAGCCUCCCGCGCACCAGCCGCGGCCCGCGCUCUCGACCACCGCAGCCGACCUGCUCUACAAUAGGGCGAGUACUUACAUGAAAAAGUUAACGGAGGAGUGCUGCGGAUGCGACGAGGGUGUUCGCCUGCUGCAGUUCUUGUGCUGGGAGCACGCCGGCUGGUCGAGGGUUGCGCUCGCUGAGCUGCUGUGGCAGAUGGCGUCCGCGUACUGCCACGAGCUGCGGAGACACUGCGACGCGCUCUCUGGCCUGCUGCUCAUGGAGGACUCGUGGCAGCACCGCCGCGUGCACAAUGCAAUUAAGGGCGUGUCCGAGGAGCGCGUCGGUCUGCUGGAGACCGCGCUGCGUGCCCGCGGCCACUACCAGAAGCGCACGUACGCCUGCGUGAAGCUGCUGGUGGGCGUGAUGUGCCGCUCGGGAGUGGCUGCACGCGCCCUGCACACGCAGCUCGACGUGCGGCGCCGCUGGAGGCAGCUGCUGGCGUGGUUGCAGGACGAGCUAGAUCGGUACGGUCCUGGUUAUGGCUCGUAUGGAACGUGGUCACCACCUGGCACCUCCAACGAAACGUCUAGCGGCUAUUUCCUGGAACGCAGCAACUCCGCGAGAAAAACAUUAGAGAAAGCUUAUCAACUAUGUCCCGAAGAGGAAGACGAGGACGAAGAGACGCGCGAAAUGGGUGACGGAUCCGGGUCAGGCGAGGGCGGGGAGGAGAGCGGCGACGACGGCGAGGGAGCGGUGGAGGAGGAGGAGGAGGAGCCCCGACGGCUGCAGCUGGCGCCGCCCGCUCCCCCCGCGCCCCCUGCGCCCCCUGCGCCUCCCCCGCACGCCUCGCCGUGAGCACCCGCCUGCGUGUGCGGCGACGACCACGUACCCACACUCCAUCUGUGCUAGCAACGGCUUAGGUUUGGUCUGGACGAGAGAGACAGUACUUAUGGACGAUAUCGAUAUGACUAUCUUAAAGAUUUUUUAAAUGUUUUAAUUAAUACAAACACACGAACAGCGCAUUGUAUAUACAUAUAAGGUAUCCUUGUCUGAGCCAGGUAAAAGAGAACGUUUUAUCAUGAUUGUGGGGCGUGGUCGGCGCAUGCUUGUGGAUCGACGUCAGAUAGCGACACUACUCUAGUCCGCCUCUCGAUUAUUUAUUUCGCGUUUCCCGCUUAGCAGUAUUUUUGUGUAGCGAUGCGCGAUCGCCUCUUGGUUCCACCUGCUUUAAGUUAUAUAUGAGCUACAAAUUUCCAAGCUCAUAUGGCCUGUCAUCCUCUUUGACGAAUAAAUGAUGGUCAUAUGGGCGAUGAGAGUACAUUUUUAGUUUUAUGUAUCAAAUUGACUACUAAGUUGUGAACUAUAUUGCGACUGGGUUUUAUGGCCUAAUUUAAGUUAUGGUGUUGUAUGGCCAGCGCGCAUCGCUAGUUAUGUUCUGUGAUGUUAACGAUACGUGUAAAGGUCAUCUUCGAGGGCAUUUAUUUGUUAAGUAUUAAUUAAGCCGUGCACAGCGCCCACUCACUGUAUCAUAGCUUCCUCUAUUAUAAUCAUAAUAUUUAUUUAUGUAAUCAAGUCACUCAUCGCUUGUGCAUCCCCUUUAGGAUUUCUAUAUUUGCAUAGUUUAUUUAGUUACAUCGCUGUAAGUAUAUUAAAUGUUAGCGUUAUGUGUCGACGCGACAAAAUAUGUGAUGUUUUUUCGUUACGUUAUCGUUUUUAUGCAAAAACGAGACAUGUUAUGAAACUGGGACAAAGUGGGAGUAUUCGUUGACGUCAUUGUAUAAAUUUGAGCCGAUAUAUUAGCGUAAGUAAAAGAGUGUCUAUGCAAAUAUAUUAUAAGUGACAGUGACACACCUCCCCGGACACACACAAUGUUGAAUUGUAUGAAAAUUAUAUUUUACUGAAAUAUUAAACAUUAUUCAUAAAUUUUAUUGGUUGUUUUAUCGAUUACUUUAGUCUAUCGACACCAUUCAACACUUUUCAUGUUUAAUUGGACUAUGUUCAUAUAGAUAGUCUCCAUGGUCUAGGAUAGCAUUUGUGUUAUAUUAAAUAAUAAAUAAUCAUUUUCUAGUCUUUAUACGACUUAUCAUAGAAAAACAUGUUAAGCGGGAUAAUUACGUAGCAGAGAGGGAUUGUCAUCAUACUAUAACUAUAGUGAUUAGUUUCCAACAAAGUUGUAAUAUAAAUACUAAUCACAUUAAGGCUUAAAUGUAUCUUUGGGUGGGAUCGAUGUACAAGAUUGAUUUUUUCAAGUAUUUGAUGUCAAUAUCAAUUUGAUAGUCCAAUGUGGUAUUUUUUUCUAUUUAAGAGACUGAAGCUUAUCGAGGAGUGAAGACCCUGAAGAACAAAAGUCUAUUUUAUAUAAAUAAUAAGUGUGCCUCGCGGUUGCAGUCGCUUAUAAUGUUUUAUUUCAUAAUACACAUAUUGUGGCUUAUGUAUAGAAAUAGUCCCUUUUGCGCCGGAUUUUUUGUAUGUACUGAAGGUCAACAAUAUCUUUGUGGUACAUUUUACAAACGGACGCGCGGAAAUUGCAUGGUUUAUAUAUAAAGAGCGUUAUUCUUUCGAUAUCUGAAAGUUGUAGACUAAUACUUUCCUUAUUCUGUAGUCUUUUGUCUAUAACUUAAGCAAGCACCUCAUCGGCAACUUUUACCCAUCUCAUGCUUUUUUAGUAUAGGUAGGCUAUAUUCUAUGCAUCCUCAUGAAUCUAGCAAUCAAAUACAAAGUAAUUAUUUAAAUCCAACUGGUAGAUGGACAAACAAACAAAAAAACUAAUCAUAUUUAUUAUAUUAGUAUAGAGUAGUGGGCGAUCUUUAUUUCAUAGCACUAACUAUAGUCUCUUACGCUUCUCACGAAUCAGGACCCAAUAUGAAUUGGAAGAUUGAUGCGAAAUGCGUUAUUUCUGUUCUUGUUCUAUAUCACCGAUCACUGGACGAGUGUGGGGUUCAUUUGAUUUUAGUCCAUCACCUCCGCCCAAUACAUAAAUAAUUUUCGUCCGCACAAAAAACAUUUAUGGACUUCGAAUUGUGAAUUUUAAACGCGUGAUCCCAUUAAUGAUUCUUUCAAUCCAGGAAAUACUCAAAACAUUUAAAUUACAAAUUUCUUGGGGACCCUUAAGAUGGAGCAUACUCCAAUCUGAAAGGACGACAACGCAUCUCUCGACCUGUGGUAUUGUUGAUGUCCAUGGGCCGCUGGUCUUCCUUUUUCCAUCAGGUAAGCCAAUUGCCUGUAUGCCUGUUCAUUAUUACAAAAAAAAUCCGACGUAUUUCUCGAGUUUUAGCGCUCUGUGUGUCGAGCCACAAUAGUAUAUGGAUUGACAACUUUACCACUUCUUUAAAUAUAAAUUAUUUUGGUUAUAGUAACUGGAUACUAAAUAAAUAAUGUUGCAUUAAUGCACAACAUUAUCUGACUUAUUAGUAAUCGCAGUGUAAAUACUCGCAAGUCUAAAACUUUUUGUCUUUACCUUACCUUUCUGAAUAUAGAAUUACAUGACAGGGAGAAGUAAUUUUAAGCUUGGAGUUACUUAACACUGCAUUUAUUAAAAAGACUAUUACAAUAAUUAAUUGUGUAUUUUUUAUUUGCCACAAAUUUUUAUAAAAUUAUAAUAUUACCGAUUAUGAAUACAUUAUUUACUUAUAGGGUUCACGUCAUGUGUGUAGAUAAAAAAUUGUGUGCAGCUGACAUGAUUAUAACACGCGAUCGAUAGAUACUAGUAUGGAACUCUUCUAUGAACUCACACUUGUGUUUGAUAAACCUCAUUGUAAGAAAAUAUUCAAAUUUUAAAAUAGAGUUUAAAAUCACUUAUUGGACGUCAAAACUACCACCCAUUGGAAAUCGUAUGCCUCAAGACCCGAAAAGAACGGGCGCAAGAAACUCAGCGGGCUUUUAUAUAAAUAACUCUUAGAUCAGUUAUACGUCUAGAUAGAUUGUGACAGCUGUGAAAACGUCGAAAAAAAUUGACUUCAGAGCUAACUUCUAUUUUGAGCAAUUCACUCACCCUAACACAAAGUGUCAUACAAAUCGCGAGUGUAAGACGUAGCUUGUCACGCACACUAAACUAAUAUUUCCGGCCUGUUUUUAUCGGAUGUCUAACAGCAAGAUACUCUAUCUAGACGUAUAAAUUAUGUAAGAAAUUACUAAUACACUAAUAAUUUUAAUAUUAUAUAAAUAACAAAAGCACCUAAUAUAAUUAUUUAGGUAUAAGAAAUAACAAUAUGGUUUGCCGGACUUGUGAUAAAUGUAUUAAAAUCAAUAUCCUUAUAGAAAAUUAGUAUUUUUGUUACGUUCAUAAAUCAACCGCCAUUAAAAAUUUAUUAUGACUUAAUUAAUGACUUAACAAUGAUUUUAAAAUAGUUGUAAAUGUUACUAGAUCGGGUGAUUUAAGUAACCUGUCGAUUUCACAAGGUAUUUAAUGUUUAUAUUUCACCGGUUAUUGGGCUAGACUACAUAGUAAUAUAAAUGACAUAGCUCCGGUCUUUUUUUGUACAAGUGCCAACCCUAAACUAUAUUAGGCUGUCUCCAUACGCUUGAAUGAAAAUUAAUUGGAGCUAUACGAGCUAAGUAGAACUAACAUAGUUAAGGAUUUUAAGCUUUUUCGACAAUGAGCUUAAUCGUUCAUAUAAAAAUGUAUUUUUAUUUAUUUAAAAUAACACUCUUUUCUCGUUACAGUACAAAUAAUAGCUGUUAAGGCUUAGUUUAAAUUUUGUAAUUGUUUAGCAUGGCUUAGUGACGCAACGCCGCGCCAAUUCGUGGGUGCUAACAGAGAAUAAUUGUUGUGAUUAUUGUAAUAUUGUUACAAUCAUUUGUUUUACAUGACCACCGACAUAAACAUACAUACAUACAUACACAUAUUAAUUAUAAUAAUAUGAUGACUGCAAUUAAUCUUAGAUCACUUAUACCUUUAGAUAGACUAUGACAGCUGUGAAAACGUUGAAAAUAAAUGGAAUUUAGAGUCAACCUCUAUUUUGAGCAAUGCACGCACACUAACACAAAGUGCCAUACAAAUUGCUUGCCACGCACACUAAAAUAUUAAACCUGACCUGUUCACAUCGGUUGAUUAGCAGCAAGAGACUCUAUCUAGAAGUAUAAAUUAUCUAAGUCUUGUACAAUCCUUUGUUGGCUUCGUCAGAUAGGUAAUAAUUUGGACGUCUACACUUUGCAAAUAGUAAAUAUUCAGAAGUAUUGUUUUGCCAUAUUACGACACAAGAUUUUUAAGUCAUAUUUGAAUAUAAUUAUUGCGUAGUGUUAGGGAAAAUUUCACAACUCUUCAAGGUGUAUGCUUCUUUUCAGUGCAUUGAUGCAUUUUGAAUUUUAUUCCGGGCUACUGUCGUAGUGAAGUUCCAUUUUUAAUUGUUUUUAAAUCUGUUUGUUAUAAGAAACCAUAGUAACAAUUUGCUGAGGAUGUUCAUCACUCUUAAAGCUUGUUUGUAAAUAUAAAAGAUGCAUCGAAUAGCUUCGCCCAGACUUUAGGGCUGAGAUCUAUAGAUCUAUAGAGCGCACUUAUACUUUGCUCAGACUUUACUUACGUAAAACUUAGCUAAGUGUAAGCUUAGCAUAAUCUUUAGUUUCGUUUUUAUAGUCAUUUGACAGCAGAAAUUAUACUGAGCUUAAGCUAAGACAGACCAAUGCAAAAGUCAAGUUAGCGUUUUUUCAGCAAAGAUUAACGUAAGUAAAGACUGAGCAAACCCUAAGUACGCUCUAUAGAUAGCCUUAGACCACGUUUAUAAGAUCAAAUAGAACUUGUUGCCAACGGCACGAUUAGUGGCCUGAGGCCUUAACAAACUUUCCGUUCCAAUUUAGUUUUUUCUUAUGAAUUUCCUACAUAGUGUAUUUUGUCAUUUUCGUUGGUGUAGAUAUUAUUUUAUAAACUAGUCUGAGGGGAGGAAAAUAUCUGUAAUGUAAUUCUUCUUACAAUAGGUCUUCGUAAAAUAAUAAUGUUCAAUUAAGAAACACCCUAACAUUAAUUAGAUUCGUAUUAUGCUAUCUUAUUUCAAUAGGCUGUUUUAAUAUUUAUUAAUUACAGACAAUUAGAUCGCAGUUGCUUAUUAUUCUAUUUUUUUAAUUAUAAUAUACUGGGACUCGUUUAUUGCACAGAUAUUUUGGAAUAUGCAGACCAAAGAUAUUUCCUAGUUAUAGUUAAUAAUAAAUAUAGAUAUAGUUAUAAUAAGUAUAAUUUUAUUUCUUAGUUUUUUUUAGUAAUUCUCUUAUACUUUCUUACAGUUAUAUCAAUCUUAACACAGCGAAAAUUAUCUCCGUCUUGGUAUUGAUUCGAAAAAACUAAGUUAAUAUUCGUGCAUUGUAUUGUAUUGAUAGCCCCGGACACGAUACAUUGCUAGUUUUCCAAUUACAGCACCAAAGUGCAUUAGGUUUGCGGCACUAUGCUCAAUGUUGAAUGUUCUAACUAUAGCAACGCUUCACACAAUUGAGUACUCUCAAAAGUACUGCCUCCGCGUGAUGCGUACAUUCGAUACCAACUCAGUGGCAGAAAAUUAGCAAGUGUUUUUUCUUUGUUCUAGUAUUGGUCGAAAUUAUCGUUAGUAAUAUUGUUUAUUGUUAAAAAAAAUUGUGAACCUUUAGUUUCGUUGUAGUUUUUUGAAAAUAAUAAAAGUUAAUUCACACUGUGUUAAGAAAUAAAUAUAAGUAUCGAUGAAGGACAAACAUUACAUUUUACAUUUUUUUUUUUCAAUAUUGAACUUAGCGCACUCUUUUGGUGCAUUUGAAAACUAAUUGAUGUUAAAAUUAAGCAUCAGCACAAUUCGGCAUUGUGCGGCACACUGAGUCGUAUUAUUCUCUGUAAUUGGAAAACUUUAACCACUUUAAUCACGGCUAUUGACACAUCUUUAUGUUAUUUGAAGCGACACGCGUUUUAAAAGGACCUCUUUAGUCUGCUUAUUCUUGUAUAUCUGUGGUUGUAAUUAUUUUUUAUAAUGUAUUUAAUAUUUGUUUAAGUACUGAAAAUGUUGAUAUUAAACGGACAUAAUACACGUUCGUUUCCAUAACUUCAUCUGGUGGUGAGAAACAUGAUAUAAAUACAACAAAAAUGAUUGAAACGAAUCGUAUCUGUACGAGGCUUACGUGACCAUUGUCGUGUUGGCUGAUAGCCUUUGUGCCUUAUUAAUAUUUCAUUUAAAAAAAAAUAUGUACUUCAGUGCUGUAGACUUGUAUCAAGUAGUGCCGCGAGCUUUACUCAAUAUCACCUAUUGUAGACGACACGGGCUGUAAUAACAUAUCUAGUUACACAAUCGAACCAGUAUUUACUGGUAUUGCCAUGUGCAUGCUUUUAUUUGGUAAAUAAUAUUCUUGCGGUCAUUUUGUAACCAAAGAUCGAAUUAAAUGUUCAAACGAUGAAUGACCGCGCGUUUUUAAUAACUCAUUAUAUUAUAAAUAUUUCGUAGAUUUUUUUUAUUCAUGUAACACAUAGCGGUGUGUAAAUAAAAUAUAAUUCAAUUGGAAUUUGUAAUAGCGACGAAACAAACUAUUGACACUGCCGAAUAAAAUUAUGUUUUCCUAAUUAUUGUUAUAGAAUGUAUGUACUCUUUGUAAAUACUAAAGAUAAUACCACCCGCAGCAUCAGAUUUGAUCACUCGUCUUCAUGUUGCUUUGUAUGUAUGAAAAUUUAAAAGCAUUCAACUUGUGCAUAUUUUAUAGUAUCGAAAUGUUAUUUUUCGGAGAUACAUUGAGAUUGAUGAAGGUAAUUUGUAACAAUCUAUUAUGUCCGAUGUUAUUAUGUACAUUUAUGGUCUAUUAUUGAUUAUUAUGGACACAGAGUAAUAAUACUCAACAGAGAUAACACCACGUACGAUGUCGGAUCCAAUUCGGUAUGUGAAUUGUUUCCUCAUAUUCGUCUGGGAUUGUUACGAAUCACCUUUAACAUGUAUGUUAACGGAUGCGAAGCGAAUGAGAAGGCGGCGAACAUUAAUAUGCAGUAAAACAAAAUAUGUAAUUAAAUCGGAAAAUAAAAUUUUUAAAAUUA